AUGAACUCAGUAUCCACAAAUAUUUCUUUUUCAGAUAUUCGGGAUGUGAAAAUCUAUUUAAAAAUUCAUUACAAUGCUUUAUAUGGAUAAGCAAUUUACUUAUGUGGUGACGACGAAAGGUUGGGAAUUUGGGAUUCUACUAAAGCAAUAAGACUCUAAUGGAAUGAGGUAUAGUAUUGAAGUUCAAAAAGAAUAAUGAAUGGACUACCUGUCUUAAACUUCCAAGAAUUUGUAAGAAUUUUGAGUACAAAUUCCUCUUAAAUGAUUAUGAUAAUCCAUCUCGAUAAAAAGAAAUUUGGGAACCUGGAGAAAAUCGUAUAAUUACCAAACAUUUAUUAUUGAAUGGCAAGAAAGGGGAGUACUUUAAUUGUAAUAGUUCAUUGAAUUAUUGUAGAGGAGCAUUGGGGUUAUAGAACAAUCAAAUUAAAGCUCAAUCAUAAUUUAUAGUUUGGGGAACGCAUGAUGAUUAUAGGUUCAAUACCAGAAAUAGGUUCUUGGAAAACACCUGUGUUAAUGAAAUAAUAAUAGAAGAUUGAUAUACGUAUUACUCAAUCCAUAAUUCUGAAAUAGUAACAUAAGAGCCUAUUCAACAAUGGUCCAUUUCAUUUAUUGUAAAUCCUCUUAAUUUUUAUUUCCGAUAUUAUUAUGUGAUUAGAAAUGAUGAAUCUGGGAAUAUGAUAUGGGAAAGAGGGAAUGGACGUUAUCUCAAAACUGCUGAUCUCUCUUCUCUUCGAUAAGUACUUGAUCAAUAUGCACUCCAUCCAAUUAAAGUCAAAACAUAAAUCUACACAGCAUUUCAAACAAAGCCAUAAUACAAAAAUGGCUCAUUUUCAACUACUAAAAUUCCAAAAUCAAAGAUCAAACCUAAUAGUUAAGGCUAUUAAUUUGCAGACAAAGAGCCUUCGUUCUUUUACUAUGAAGAAUUCGGAAGGUUGAACAAAUUGGAUUGGAAUUUCGUAGUCUAGUUUCAAACAUACGAAAUAAAUGAAAAUAUAAUGAUUGGUCCUUAUCCUCAAAACGAAUAAGACAUUUUAUUAUUGAAAUAAAAAUAAGUGAAGGCAGUCCUCAACUUGUAGACUCGUUUAGACAUGUUUCAUAGAGGAGUUAAUUGGGAAUAAAUAGUUGAUGCAUACAAGAGAUAGAAUAUAGUAAUGAAGAAUUAUCAGAUCUUUGAUAUGGAUGCAGAAGAUUUUGAGAAGAAAUCCAACAAGGCCGUAUAGAUUCUCAAGAAAUUAAUCAAUGAGUAUGAGUACGUNUAAUAAUUGAAAAAUCCUCAUCUCAUUGAAUUAAAUUUGAAAAUAAUUUUGGAUGUCUUGAAUAAUAUUUUAAUUAAUAAUUCAUGAACUCAGUAUCCACAAAUAUUUCUUUUUCAGAUAUUCGGGAUGUGAAAAUCUAUUUAAAAAUUCAUUACAAUGCUUUAUAUGGAUAAGCAAUUUACUUAUGUGGUGACGACGAAAGGUUGGGAAUUUGGGAUUCUACUAAAGCAAUAAGACUCUAAUGGAAUGAGGUAUAGUAUUGAAGUUCAAAAAGAAUAAUGAAUGGACUACCUGUCUUAAACUUCCAAGAAUUUGUAAGAAUUUUGAGUACAAAUUCCUCUUAAAUGAUUAUGAUAAUCCAUCUCGAUAAAAAGAAAUUUGGGAACCUGGAGAAAAUCGUAUAAUUACCAAACAUUUAUUAUUGAAUGGCAAGAAAGGGGAGUACUUUAAUUGUAAUAGUUCAUUGAAUUAUUGUAGAGGAGCAUUGGGGUUAUAGAACAAUCAAAUUAAAGCUCAAUCAUAAUUUAUAGUUUGGGGAACGCAUGAUGAUUAUAGGUUCAAUACCAGAAAUAGGUUCUUGGAAAACACCUGUGUUAAUGAAAUAAUAAUAGAAGAUUGA